AUGUGCGAAGAUAAGGAAGAGGUUCGCAGCGAGGCGGGCGCCGCGGCCAGCCCGCGCCGGCUGUGCUGGUCGCGCCGGCCUCCGCCGCCCCUGCCCGACACCCGCGGCCUCUGCUGCGCCAAGCUGCUCCGCAAGAAUGGCAAGCCCAAGAAGAUUUAUGUAAAUGACAAGGUAGCUCGACUAGUUUCAAGCCACGUGUGGGAGAGCCAAACUUCGGCACGAAUGGGUCGGCUCGACCGGAGUGAUACCACAGCCUCACAGAAUACCGGCGUGAAACAACGACAGCGUUGUGUUUCGCCGACUCGAAUGACUUACGGGAUGAGCCAGAAUAGUGGUCUAGUGACAACUACGGACCGAUUUGGACAGGCCUCCCGCCAGGCGGUACCAUAUCAUCAGAGUUCCACAGAGCCAAUGGAUGCCAGAAGUACGCUGUCGUUCAACUUGGAGGACAAAGAGGAAAGCCUUAGUAGCGGUAGACAUCUUCCGACUGAAAAUAAUAAUGAUAGCCAUCUCCAUUCAUGA